ACAUGAUUACCCUGUGAUUUCUUUGCCUUUCUCUCCUUUAGUGUCUCUCAGUCACUGGGGCUGUUAUCAGUGUGAAUAUACUGAGUCUAGACUGAACUUUGCUGAGGCCUUUUGGAGCAGAAUGCACCCAGUCCGCUGGUUCCUCGCAGUUCUCCUGGUAGUUGGCGCCUCUGAGCUUUGUUGUGCCGGACCUCUCCAUGCCCAGUGCAAAGUAGAAUGGUACUUUGGAAUACCAUGUCAAGUGGUUUAUGAAUCCCUGGUCUCACAGAUUAAGAAGUGGAGAACCAUGGCUGGCUGCACCAUGGGAGGACAGAGGUGCCUGUACAAGCUGCAGUCUGCCUCUGUCCACUUCAUAGCAGCCAAGCACACCACUCCUUUUAAGAAGUAUGUGGAUGACAUCAACUUCCGCCUGGUCUCCUAUCACUUCUUCACUUGCUGUCACGUUUCAGCCAUGUCCAUCUCUGAGAACUGGCAUGCCAUUAAAGACCAUGGCACCAACUACUGCAACCUCUACAACCUCAUGGAGGGAAGUGGUCUAACCGAGGCAAGGGGUUAUAGAGAAGUCACCAGUGACUUCCAGUGUACCCAGCGCUCUUCUGCUAACUGCACUAUCUACUGACUGAAUAUUAUGGAUGACCAGAGACCAUCACAGAAUAUCAAGACAAUUUAGAAGUUUGGAUUUUCUUCUUUUUUUUGAAUGGCUAGAAAAAACAUUCAUUUGCAGGCUGUAUUCAAAUCAUAAUAGCAUGAUAUUAUCUGCUUGCUGCUGUUGUAUUUUGGGAUUCAUUUUAUGUUCUCCUUGUGCAAUAAACACAUAAUGAAUAAAUCGAAACAUUAUUCAAUUUA